UGGCUGAGAAAGUCAGAAAAUCAGAACUAGAAAGCUCAUGUCCAAUCGAAUUUAUAGAAAAAUGUUUAAAAUUAUUACAAAUUUAGUCUAGUUGCAGCGAAAAUAAUAAAGCCAAAAUUGGUGAAGUGUUUUAUGUACCGAUCAUUUAAACUCUAGCAUCUUACUAAUUAAAAAUUGCGAAUUUUUUUUAUGUGCAAGUGCUAAAAUUUCAAAUUGGCCUUAAAUCUAAUAGAAAGGAACGUGUUAUGUAACCUUGAGUCACGGGAUUUAAGUUGUAAAUUUAUAGGAUCAUCAAUUUGAGGGAUAUUACAGGUAUUAUUGGGCAUAAACAGAAACAUACAAAAACUUCAAAAUGCAUCGGGCUAGAUUGAUACUACAAGCAUCUAAUAAAAUUGGAAAUUCAGAAAGAUUUGCCUCUUGGCUUGUCAAGAAACCUCAGGCUGCAGUAGUACCAGCACUUAAUAGGCUCAAAAGUUCAACUGCAGCAGAACCGUUCCUCAAUGGAUCCAGUUCGGCAUAUGUUGAGACCAUGUACAAUGCAUGGCUCAAUGACCCCAACUCUGUACAUGCUUCGUGGGACGCAUUCUUCCGAAACGCCACAAACGGUGCUCAGCCCGGAGUGGCGUAUACAUCGCCACCGAACCUGGCGCCCUACUCCAAGAACGAAGUCCCACUCACCUCACUGGUUCCAGUCUCUGGUGGGAUGCCCUCAAUCGCGUCUGGCUCCCCGAUCAAUGAGAAGAUAAUCGACGACCACUUGGCUGUGCAGGCGAUCAUCAGAAGUUAUCAGUCACGCGGUCACCUAGUGGCGCAUCUCGAUCCGCUCGGCAUUUCGACUGGCGAUCCGAUCUCGAGCGGCGAUUGGCACGGCGGCUUGCGAGCGUUUGCCAACGAAGCGGUCAUUAGACAGCACGUACGAUUCGAUGAAGCUGAUAUGGACAGAGUUUUCAAACUACCGUCGACGACGUUUAUUGGUGAAAAGGAAAAGGCCUUGCCGUUGAGAGAAAUAUUGAACCGUCUGGAGCAGGCAUAUUGCAAUAACAUCGGCAUAGAGUUUAUGUUCAUAAACUCACUGGAGCAGUGCAACUGGAUCCGGCAGAGAAUGGAGCCCCCGAAUGUCACCAAGAUGAACGCAGACCAGAAGAGACUGAUCCUGGCGCGCCUCACCAGAUCCGCGGGUUUCGAAAACUUCCUGGCGAAGAAGUGGUCUUCAGAGAAACGCUUCGGUUUGGAAGGGUGCGAGAUAUUGAUUCCGGCCAUGAAGCAAGUCAUCGACGUGUCCACCAAACUCGGCGUCGAGUCUAUCAUCAUGGGAAUGCCCCACAGAGGUCGCCUCAAUGUGCUGGCCAAUGUUUGUCGCAAGCCACUGCACCAGCUGUUCACACAGUUUGCCGGUCUCGAAGCUGAGGAUGACGGCUCCGGUGACGUCAAGUACCACUUGGGUACGUACAUCGAGCGGUUGAACCGCGUUACGAACAAGAACAUUCGGCUGGCCGUGUGCGCGAACCCAUCUCACUUGGAGGCGGUGGACCCCGUGGUGCAAGGCAAGACACGCGCGGAACAGUUCUACAGAGGAGACAACGAGGGCAAGAAGGUAAUGUCGAUACUUCUGCAUGGAGACGCAGCAUUCGCCGGGCAGGGCGUGGUAUUCGAGACCAUGCACUUGUCAGACCUACCCGCCUACACCACCCACGGAACUAUUCAUAUCGUGGCUAACAACCAGAUCGGUUUCACUACCGACCCCCGACACUCGAGAUCUUCGGCCUAUUGCACAGACGUGGCCCGCGUGGUGAACGCGCCCAUCUUCCACGUGAACGGCGACAACCCCGAGGCCGUGAUGCACGUGUGCAACGUGGCGGCCGAGUGGCGCGCCACCUUCCACAAGGACGUGGUCAUCGACAUCGUGUCGUACCGCCGCAACGGACACAACGAGGUGGACGAGCCCAUGUUCACCCAGCCGCUCAUGUACCAGAAGAUCCGGAACACCAAGCCUGUUCUGGAAAUAUACUCGGAUCAACUGAUUCGCGAGGGCGUCGUGACCGCUGACGAGGUGAAGGACGUGAGAGACAAAUACGAAAAAAUCUGCGAAGAUGCAUACAACCAGGCCAAACAGGAGACACACAUCAAGUACAAGGACUGGCUCGACUCACCUUGGUCCGGCUUCUUUGAGGGCAAGGACCCGCUCAAGAUGUCGCCCACCGGAGUUGUCGAAGAAACUCUUGUUCACAUCGGAAAGAGAUUCUCAUCGCCGCCACCAAACGCAGCCGAGUUCGAAAUACACAAGGGCUUACUCCGUAUCCUCAAGUCCAGAAUGGAAAUGGUCGAAAAACGUACUGUCGACUGGGCCCUUGCGGAAGCUAUGGCCUUCGGAUCUCUGCUCAAGGAGGGCAUACACGUUAGACUGUCCGGUGAAGAUGUCGAGCGAGGAACGUUCUCACACAGACAUCACGUGCUGCAUCAUCAGAAGGUGGACAAGGCAACUUACUGCCCGCUAGCGCAUCUCUACCCAGACCAGGCGCCCUACACUGUAUGCAACAGUUCACUCUCCGAAUAUGGUGUACUCGGUUUCGAGGUGGGAUACUCGGUGACCAAUCCAAACGCGCUUGUGCUGUGGGAGGCCCAGUUCGGAGACUUCAACAACGUAGCGCAGUGCAUCAUUGACCAGUUCAUAUCGAGCGGACAGGCCAAGUGGGUGCGCCAGUCCGGCAUUGUUCUGUUGCAACCUCACGGCAUGGAGGGAAUGGGCCCUGAGCACUCAUCGGCCCGUCUCGAGCGGUUCUUACAGAUGAGCUCCGACGACCCUGACUACAUGCCACCUGAGAGCCCCGACUAUGAAGUGCGUCAACUUCACGACGCCAAUUGGAUCGUGGCCAACUGCUCGUCGCCCGCGUCCAUGUUCCACAUCCUGCGGCGACAGAUCGCGCUGCCGUUCCGUAAGCCUCUCAUCCUGAUGACGCCCAAGUCGCUUCUGCGUCACCCCGAGUGCAAGUCGUCCUUCGACGAGAUGAGCGAGGGCACUGCCUUCAGAAGAGUGCUCCCAGAAGAAGGAGUGGCAGCUGAAAAUUCCUCGAACGUCCGCAAGCUAGCGUUCUGCUCGGGCCGUGUGUACUACGACUUGCUGAAGCAGCGUCGCGACCGCGGCUUGGAGAAAGAUAUCGCUAUUGCCAGAUUGGAGCAAAUCUCACCGUUCCCAUACGACCUGGUGAAGGCUGAGAUCGCGAAGUACCCGAACGCUCAGCUGGUCUGGAGCCAGGAGGAACACAAGAACAUGGGAUCGUGGAGCUACAUCGAGCCCAGGUUCCGGACCCUGCUGCAAAACCAGAAACAGAUCAGGCCAAAGUCUCGCUCGCAAGGGGGCUGGUUUAGCCAACUGUUGGGUCGCACUGAGGACCCACAGCUUGACACACAAACUGACAUGGCCCCUCGUACUAUUAGUUACAACGGGCGUGCCACAGCCGCGUCUCCAGCCACCGGUUCUAAAGCCGCUCACAACAAGGAACUGAAGAACCUUCUCGACGAAUUCUGCGUGUUAUAAACUAAAAUCGCGAACAUCCACACGAUAACUUAACGCCGCAAUCCAUAACAUUCUCGUUGCGAUAAACAAAUUUAAAAAUCGAAUUUCAUUAAUGAAUCCAUUUCAUCGUUACUGUCAGUAUUUUAAACAAUUCUCGUCGUAGUUAGACAUAUUUAAUACUUAUUUAUUUAUUCGCUGUUAGAGUUGUGUUCCGUUCGUUGUUCGUAGGUAUUAUUUAUUUUUAAUUUAUAGCAGCAAAAGUAUUUUUUUCUCAUUUUUUUUCGGUUAGUGUUUUGUAAAUACCUUUACCAAAUCGAGCAUUGUUUAACUUUGCCUGUGGUAAGUCCGCAGCGAUAAUCUGCGCCAUAGUAGUUCUAUCCUUGUAUAAUGUUACUAUAUCGUUAGUAUCGGCAUUAGUCAAGUACAAAUUGUAUGUGCGUCUAGUUUCGUUACCGUCUUAUCGGUGAAUUUUUUUCAUCGCUGUUAGACCUCUUGUAGUAUUGCACUCGACGAUAUUUCACGAUAUUAUUAUUAUUAUCAUAAUAAACGUAGUGAAUCUUACUAAUGUUAGUCUAGUGUGUAAAUUGUAAAGUUUUAUUUUGCAACUGGUUGCAAUAGUUUAGUUGCAUAGUUACCGCCGACGUGAGCUCGGUUUGUAAGGAAUAACACCAAAACUUACUAAUCUAAUAUACCUAUUUCAUGUUAUUUAAUAGUUGCUAUACGGCUGCUAUAAAACUACAUGGUGAUUAUAAACGUUAUAGCGGCUAGAUCUUUAUCGGCCUUACAAAUAAAAUUGGCAUAAAUUUAUAACUAAGCAUAAACCAAGAAUAUGUAAAAUUGCUUACGAAUGGUUUGUUCGGACGUAUAACGUUUCCCGCGUUUAUUUGCAAAGCAGCUUGUCAUUCGGAAAACUUCAGAAUUAUCAUUGUAUUGACAGUGUUGUCAACGAUAUUUUAAGCAUUUUGCAUUUUCUUUGUUUAUCAUCAGUUAUAACUUUAUACCAAGUUUAUUUGUAAGGCCGUAAAUAUUUAAAUUAAUAAAGAUUAAUUCUCUGCUUACGUUUAUAUACACCCUGUAGUUUUACACGUUCCGUUUUACAAUAUUUUAAAUCUUUGUAUCUUCUAUUAAACGUUUGCAUAUAAAAUUCCCUUUGUGAAAAUUAUAGCAUAUAUUAUAUGCACUGUUAUUUGGAAUUCAUCGUAUUUUUGAAAGGUGCUCAGGUUUGAAAGACGCGUGGGAGAUGGAGAGUGCUAUUGGUCUGAAAGGUACAUAUUUGAAAGGUCGCCUGAGGUAUUUAUUUGCUAUAAACGUUAGACGCUUUAGUUAUACAAUAUAAAUAUAAUAUUAUAUUCGA